UUUUAAAUUUAAACCCAAUAAUAAUGAGAAUAAAAUUGCUGAAAAUGAAAUUACAUCGAUAUUAAGCUAAUAUAACAUUAAAUUGCUGUGUGCAUGUGCGAAAUCGGGGACGUUCGCUGUCAAUGCCAAUAAAAAAGUUCCUAUUUUACACAAUUCGCGGUGGUGUUGAUUGCAAAAGUGGCCAAAAUUCGGCGAAAACAGCGCAAGUGUGAUAAAAGUAUAGUGCCACAGCCGUCUGCAAAACGAACGAAAACAAAAGAAAAUAGCGUCGAUAGUACGACAAGCAUUUUAAGUAGCAGCAGCAGCGGAGCCGGUAGCUCAAAUAGUAGCAACAACAACAGACGUGCUUACGCGUCGGUGGGGGGAAGGGCUCACAUUGUACCACCAACAACAAGAACAACAGCAGCAGCAGCAGCAGCGGCAGCAGCAGUUGCAGUCGCUACCGCUGCCGGCCGGUUUGCGGUCAACGAAACUGUUGCUAGUAGUGGGCGUGGUUGGCGAAGCGGCGGUAGCGGCAGCGGCAGCAGUGGAACUACCAACGAAAGUGCACAGCUAACAAAGGGCAAAUUUGAUGCUCAGCAUUUAUCAGUCUCAAAUUGCUUGGGCACUGUGCAAACGCUUGCGUUGCAGCUUGACGCUGACGCCGACGUCGACGCAGACGUUAUGUCGGAAACAGGAUGCCGGCACUAUCAGAGCUACGUAAAGGAGCACAGCUACGAUACGUUUCGAGUGAUCGAUGCCUACUUUGCCUCUUGCGUUAACAAGGAGGCGCGUGAGAAGAAGGUAUGACCAGCAGCCAGUCCAUUUCACUGCAAUUGCUUUGAGUGCGGUAACUAUGCCAUUCAGUUAUACGCUUGCCUGCACUGCAUCUACUUUGGCUGUCGCGGUGCCCACAUCACCAGCCAUCUGCGUGCCAAGAAGCACAACAUUGCUCUGGAGCUAUCCCAUGGCACACUCUAUUGCUAUGCGUGUCGUGAUUACAUCUACGAUGCGCGCAGUCGCGAGUAUGCGCUGGUGAAUCGCAAACUGGAGGCCAAGGAUCUGCAGAAGAGCCUGGGCUGGCAGCCCUGGAUACCGACGGCCAAGGAGACCAAUUUGCUGCUGGCCAAUGCGCGUCGCCGACUCGUGCGACCCAAUCAAACGAUUGGACUGCGCGGUCUGCUCAAUUUGGGUGCCACCUGCUUCAUGAACUGCAUUGUUCAGGCUCUGGUGCAUACGCCCUUGUUGAGCGAUUACUUUAUGUCCGAUCGUCACGACUGUGGCAGCAAGUCCACGCACAAGUGUUUGGUCUGCGAGGUGUCGCGUCUCUUCCAGGAGUUCUACUCCGGCUCACGCUCGCCAUUGUCACUGCAUCGUUUGCUGCAUUUAAUUUGGAAUCAUGCCAAGCACUUGGCCGGCUAUGAGCAGCAGGAUGCGCACGAGUUUUUUAUUGCCACGCUGGAUGUGCUGCAUCGUCACUGUGUCAAGGCCAAGUCGGAGCACGAAAGCAAGAACAGCUCUGGCUCAUCCUCAACGGGCAACUCCAGCUCCGGCUCCAGCUCGACGGCCAGCCAUUGCUAUGGACAGUGUAAUUGCAUCAUUGAUCAAAUUUUUACGGGCAUGCUGCAGAGCGAUGUUGUGUGCCAGGCCUGCAAUGGCGUUUCGACCACAUUCGAUCCCUUUUGGGACAUCUCCUUGGAUCUCGGUGAGACCACAACACAUGGCGGCGUUACGCCCAAGACGCUGAUCGACUGCCUCGAGCGUUAUACACGCGCUGAGCAUCUCGGCUCGGCGGCCAAGAUCAAAUGCUCCACCUGCAAAUCGUAUCAGGAGUCCACCAAGCAGUUCAGUCUGCGCACUCUGCCCAGCGUUGUCUCCUUUCAUCUCAAGCGCUUCGAGCAUUCGGCGCUGAUCGAUCGCAAAAUCUCUUCGUUUAUUCAAUUUCCGGUCGAGUUCGAUAUGACGCCCUUCAUGUCGGAGAAGAAGAACGCCUAUGGCGAUUUUCGUUUCUCGCUCUAUGCAGUUGUCAAUCAUGUGGGCACCAUCGACACCGGCCACUACACUGCCUAUGUGCGUCACCAGAAGGACACGUGGGUCAAGUGUGAUGAUCAUGUGAUAACGAUGGCGUCGCUGAAGCAGGUGCUCGACAGCGAGGGUUAUUUAUUAUUUUAUCAUAAGAACGUUCUGGAGUACGAGUGAUCGAAUAGACGAGCAGCUAAAUGGAGUGGAAACUGCAGAGCCUGCAAAACAGCCAAUUGCAUCCAUAGAGACUGUAUCCCCCAAUCCAUAUACACUCACUCUCACGCUCUCUCACGCACACACACAAACACUUGCACUCACCUGUGUAUGUGUGUGUGUGUGUGUUGGUGUGUAUUGCAGACAAGGACGCGGCAGCGCAUACAAACAAAUCUUAUUCUUAAUUAUUGAAAUCAUAUUGUUCUAAGUAUUUCCCGCACGUAAUGCUAAAAACAUAAUAAUACAAAAUAACAUAAAAAACAACGUACUAUAUACUAAACGAAACGCUAAACAAGAACUUGCUUAUGUAUGUAAAACAAAAAACUUGCGCAUAGCAACAAAGAGAAACAAAAAAAAUUAAGAAAAGCAUAUUCCAAGUAGAGAGAAGAAGAUACACAAACAAAAUAUUCAUGUUUAUCAGCUGGCGGCGUCGCUGGUUGUUUUGUUUAUAAUAUAAAUCAGAGACAAACAAUAAUACACACAGACAUGCAUACAUAGACAUAUUCAAUACGCACUUACUAUUAGUGCAUAUGUACUAUAUUUGUUUAUCUGUGUGCUAGAUGACGCAUCU